AGAAGUCCGGGGCAUGGGGCCAGCCACGGGGCUGCUGCUCCGUAGCCUCCUGCUGUUGGCACUAGGGGGUCUGCGGCUCUCCUCCGGCCAGGUGCAGCUGGAGGGCUUGGUGGGUGAGUCCGUGUAUUUCCCCGCCCUGCGCCCCGUGGCCAGAGACAUCGUCCGUGUCCUGUGGUUUUCGGAAAGGCAGGGCACUCACAUCGCAGAGGCCAAACCCCAGGGCCAGGCAUUCAACGUCAAUUUCUUACCCAACUUCAGCAACCGGCUGGCGAUCCACGCCGGGAACCUCUCCCUGGAGAUCCGCGAUCUGCGGCUGGAAGACCAGGGGCCGUACCGCACCGUUGUGGAUAUUGCCUCAGACCCUACCAAGCCCAGGGCGUUCUCCUAUGAGCUGUCAGUGCGAGAACGUGGGCAGGAAGGAGACAGGGGCAAAGGAGGAACCACGGACCCGCCAGGAGGUGGAGAACGGAGGACAUCGACGGGCCCCCCAGCAGGAGGAGCGCCCGUGACCACAGCCGGGAGGACAACGCUGGCGGGAGGGGAUGGGGGAGGGCAGGAGGGCGGUGGGAGCCAGGGAUCGUGCCACUGCACGCUGAAGGGUUAUGUCAUCGCGGCCGUCUAUGUGCCCCUCUGCGCCGUGGUGGCUGUCGUCCACGUGAAGACGAGGAGCUAACGGAAGAGCCGGGGUCCCUGGGUGACAGAAGAGACAGGGCAGCUGCUGAGGAGGCAGGGUUGCCACCUGUCCGGGGCUAUCGCCUCUUUGUUCAUCCUCUGUCCUCCAGCACCCACUAAACACCCCCUCCCAGUACACACACAUACCUCUAGCACCCCCUAAAUACCACCUCCAGGACCCCCUCAAAUACCCCUCCCAGUACACACACACCCCUCCAGCUCCCUCUCCCCCCCCCACCCAGGAGUGCCCUCUGUUGGGAACCCGGCAGCCACUAACCCUAGGGGCAGGGGGCUUGUUCGGAGAGCCCUGGGCCGCUGUACUGGUGUUUGUACUGCAACAGCUCUAGCUCAUUGUGCCGGAUGCUGCACAGACACAUCAUGGAGAUGGUCCCUGCCCUGAUCAGACAAAGGGUCAUUAUUGCCAUGUACGGGCUACAUAGACAAAGGGCAGGAGGGGAAACUGAGGCACGGGGAGGGGAAGGUCACCCAGCCAGUCACUGGCAGUGCCAAGACUAGAAGUCAGGUCUCCUGAGCCCCAGGUGAGUGCUCUGGCCGCUGCAGGCGCUCACUCGGGCCUGUAGUCUAUAGCUACCUCCCAUGGAGCCCACCAGGACUACUCCCUUAUAUCCUUCUGGUCCGAGUCCACCACCAUAUAACAUGAUGGGAUCUAAAUUAGCUGUUACCCCUCACAAAAGGGAUCGUGGAGUCAGUGUGGAGAGUUCUCUGAAAACAUCCACCCAAUGUGCAGUGGCAGCCCAAAAAGCGAACAGAAUGCUGGGAAUAAUUAAGAAAGGGAUAGAUAAUAAGACAGAAAAUCAAUUCAGUUCAAUUCCCUUUCGUUCCCAGGGAAGCAGUGACAUCUGUAGGCCAGAGCAGGAGGAUUCAGGAGUCCUGGAGUUUGCAUAAGCAGCUCCACGUGCACCCCUGAGCGAGUCACCUCCCCAAUUUUCUGUGCCUCAGUUUCCCCUGCUGUCAAAUGGAUGCUAUGAUGUGUUUACCUGCCCUCCCAAGGGUGCUG